AUGAAAUCAUUAUCCGAUUUUCUGGAACGUCCGGUUGACACUAAGCGUUACGUGCUUCAGGUUGUUUCUCGGAUUUUUGAUCCUCUGGGCUACGUGGCGCCGUUCGUCAUUACGGCCAAGAUCCUACUGCAAGGCAUCUGGCUUGCUAAGCUUCAAUGGGACGAUCUCCUUCCUGACAACAUAAGGUCUGCAUGGAGUAAUUGGUGUCAAGAGGUGCCAACGCUGGCUCGUUUCCGGCUACCUCGAAAGCUAACAGGUGCCACAGCUCCGUUGACGAAGGUUGCGAGGAGUCUGCAUGUUUUCGGCGAUGCAAGCACCAAGGCCUACGGAGCAGCUGUUUACUUGGUUUCUCAACGUGGCGAAGGCCUAUUGGAAGCAUGUCUUUUGCUGGCCAAAACCAGAGUCGCCCCGGUGAAAGCAAUGUCCCUCCCGCGCCUCGAGUUGAUGGGCGCCGUUCUAGCCUCACGACUGCUUAAGUUUGUCCGGCAGCCGUUAUUCCUUUUAGAUAUGGAAGCCAUCUUGUGGACAGACUCCGAGGUUGCUUUGCAUUGGAUCCACGGAUAUCCCUCGGCGUGGAAACCUUUUGUACGGAACCGCGUUGCUGAGAUUCAAUCUUGUACGCAAACCCGCCAAUGGAGACACUGUCCUGGUCCCGACAAUCUUGCCGACCUUUUGACGAGGGGUGUGUCAUGCCGACGCCUUCUGGACACUACGUGUUGGUGGAAUGGCCCGAGUUGGCUGUGCAGUCCUGAAUCCUGGCCGCCAGGUUGGCGCUCUACAGCCAAUGCUCCAGGAGAUGUCUAUUCCGAGGCUAAGACCCCCGACGUUCUCGCAGUGAUGACAGUGAUCAACGAGCCCAUCCUGAAAGUACGAAAGUACAGCUCGUUCUCCAGACUGCUCCGGGUUACGUCAUGGGUGCUACGGUUUGUCCACAACAGCAGGAGCUCUUCUCUCAAGGACAGGGGUAUGCCAAGUUCAGAAGAGAUUAAUGCGGCAGAGCACUAUUGGAUUAGAAAUGCUCAGCGUGAGUCUUUUGGAUUGCAGCCUACCACCCACACUUCUCUUCGGAACGCCUCCUUGUUUCACGACGACGAAGGGAUCCUCCGCAUGCAAGGACGUCUCCAGUACGGUGUCUUUCCUGAUGCAGUCAAGCAUCCUAUAGUCUUGCCCUCGGACCACCCUAUCACAGCCAUGAUUAUCAGGCAGACUCACUUACGGUUGUUGCACGCUGGCGUCCAAGGUAUACUGACUGAGGGAGGCCUGCUGGGUCAUUCGAGGACGGCAAGUGGUAAAGAGGGUGGUGCACGGAUGUCGCGUUUGCCGGCGAGCGAAAGCCCGCGCGUGUACUGA